AACCUUUAAACCUAUGUUACAGCAGCUUAACCUGAGGCUAGACUUCAUCAUGCUCCUGCAGCUGCCUCUUACUUCCAUCUGCAGCCCUUCUCUCCUCCUCCUCACCCCUAACACUGCCUUCCCCAACCCUCCGUUCCGUCCUCUCCCUCCCUCCCUCAACACCACUCCUCUCCACUCACUCUGCAGCCUGGUAGACUGAAGGCAGCCUCACUACGUGGAGGGAAAGAGGAGAGAGGCUUUCCCAGAUUAGAGCAGCAGCAGGAGGAGGUGUGAGGGAUAACGAUGGAGGCCAGCUUUGACACUGAGGAGAGUUUUGAUGAUCCCUCCUGUCUUGCCCCGCAGCCCCCCGGCUCCGUGUCGCCAGCCAAGAGGCAGAUCAAGGAGGUCAAGGAGACCAAGACCACGAUCAACUGUGUGACAUUUCCUCUGCCUGGAGAAGGUCCGGAGCAGCAGCUCCUGAAGCCAAAUGACUGGAGCUACUGCGAUUACUUCUGGGCCGACAAGAAGGACCCUCAGGGGACGGCCCAAGUGGCUGGCUUCGAAGUUCUGCUGCAGAAGCAGCUGAAGGGGAAACAGAUGCAGAAAGAGAUGGCCGAGUUUAUCCACGAAAGGAUAAAGAUUGAAGAGGAAUACGCUAAAAACCUCUCCAAGUUGUCUCUGAGCGCCCUGGCAGCGCAGGAGGAAGGGACCCUGGGAGAAGCCUGGACUCAGCUUAAGAAAAGUCUUCAUGAUGAAGCUGAAGUUCACCUAAAGUUCUCCAACAAGCUGCACUCGGAGGUCGAAAAACCCCUGCUGUCAUUCAGAGGUGACAACUUCAAGAAGGACCUGAAGAAGUAUGACCACCACAUCGCCGACCUCAGGAAGCAGCUGGCGAGUCGCUUUGCCAGCGUGGAAAAGGCCCGUAAAGCCCUGGCGGACCGGCAGAAGGACCUGGAGGUGAAAACACAGCAGCUGGAGAUCAAACUCAGCAACAAACAUGAGGAAGACAUCAAGAAGGCGCGACGAAAAUCCACGCAAGCAGGGGAUGACCUGAUGCGCUGCGUCGACCUCUACAAUCAAACCCAGUGCAAGUGGUUUGAAGAAAUGGUCACAACUAGCAUGGAACUGGAGAAACUAGAGGUGGAAAGGAUUGAAUGGAUUCAGCAGCACCUCCGUCAGUACACAACUCUACGGCACGAAACUGACAUGUUCAACCAGAGUAUGGUGGAACCGGUGGACCAGCUGCUGCAGAACGUGGAUCCAGCCAAAGACAGAGAGCUGUGGGUGAAAGAGAACAAAACGGGCGAUGUUCGACCUGUAGACAUGGACCUAUAGACGGUCCAGUCCUAGGUUCAGCCUUCCUGAUUUCAAGAUAACAUCCAGAGUCCCAGAACAUUUGUGAUUUCACUGAACCGUGGAUGCUGCAUGUUCAGACUCUUCGUGAGUUCUGCUCAUCUUCUCUGACUGACAGGAAGAAACGGGUCAAAGCAGUCUGAGUCCAGCAAACAGAAACGGAUCAAAGUACCAGCAUGUUCCUGACUAAUACUAACCCCAUCAUGAACCACAUUAGCUUACUGAAUGAGUUCUCUGCUGUUUACUUGUUGUAAAUGAUUAAAACAUCUUCAGUACUUUACAUUAUUUCAUUUAGCUUUCCAAACCAAACAAAAACAUGAAUAAAUCUAACAUCUGGUUAUUGGCAUUAACUUUAUUUUGGAAACUAAAGCACACCGAGAUGUAACAAUGGACAUGAUAUAUUUUCAUAUAUUUUGCUGGUUCCGUUUAGUGGAAAGUGCACGUUUUGAAUUUCUUGCUUUAAACGUAAACGAAGAGCUGCAGAGUUUGUGGAAACAUGAUGGUCGUUUUGUGUGGUUCAUUGAAUUUGCACAAAAUAAUCUCCGACUUGUAAUUAAGAAACCUUCUGAAAAAUAAAAGUGUACAGCAUCAAUAUCCAGUAACCUCAGUUAUUCAGAACACCCAGUGUUUUGGAACGUGAUCUGGAUUCUUGCACCACGAGUCUCAACUUGUGGAUCUGACUUAGGCCAGGGUCCGUUCUGGAUCAGUCGGGAGAAAAAAGGUGGUCCAAGUUACUCUGAAACACCUUUUAGUGCCUAACGGUUUAUAUACCUGGAAUGUCCUUGAUAUAUUCUCUGCAUCAGUGUACAUUUGUAAAGACUGGUUUGAUGUAUUUUGCUGUCAGAUGUUUUAACGAGCCACAGUGUUUGCGCUGUACAAUGUUGUUUGUUUUGUUUUUGGUAAAUGUGCCGGGAAUACGGUGGUGUUCAGUAAAAGGGUCAACGUACAGAAAAGGACAAGAAAAGCUCCAUUAUCUGCCGACAGACAGACUUGUAGAUUCUGCUCUCGUAGAUCCGGUGGAGCUGAAGCCACACAAAAGCCUCCGGUCGGACAGCAGGUACAGAACCUGUCUGUGUUCACAUGUAUGUGUGCGUCCGUCUGUCGUCUCCACUCCAUUAUUUUCUUCUUUUUUCCAAAUGCCCGGUGCAAACACGUCCCUGAACAACAUGAGCUAUUUGUGUUGUGCUUCACAAACUAAACAUCCGGUUUAUUUGGACUGGAGGAUGUGUAGAAGCGUUUCCUUUAAGCCCAAACGGCUUCAUGUGCAGGUUUUAGAUGUCGUAUUUGUUGAAGAGGUUUCAUCGAUGUCAGUGUUGUGCUCCGUCAUUCUAAAUGUUCCUGAUUAGAGUUUCUGAUGAUGUAACGUUUGCGUUAAUUGCCCCGGUGUAGUGAAUGUUCACAUCAAAUCCAAUGUUUUGAGAAUGUUUGAUCAUACGUGACCUCUGUCCAGAUCGUGAACUGAUGAAUGCAGAGUACAAAAUAAAUCUCCUCUUUGAAAAUGAA